CGGCGUUGCACUGAGCACUCCACGUGGUCGAAAAAGCUGAAUUUCCAAGAUAUAAUACCAAUUCUGGCUAUAUAUCUACUACAAUGUCUUCAUUGGCUAAACAGUUACAAAAGCUUGCCAUUCCUGGUCAGCCAUCCCUCCGUCAGGUGAUCUCCAAGAAGCGUCCCUCUCUGCUGUUCGACCGAGAUGUCGCCGCGGAUAUCGACAUCGACUCCAUUCACUCCCUGGGUAUCAAUGGACUAGAAGAACUCAUCAGUAUUGAUCAAAGCUUUGAACAGUUUGAGUCCACUCUUUUCCAAGACAGCUGCAAGGACUUUGAGCGUACAGUGCAGACGAAAGAAAUUCUAGAAGAAAUCGACAAUAUAAUAGCGACGUUUCUCCAGAAACUUUCCCCAUACUUUCUGCUCAAGCCUGCUCAGAAAUGUCUCGAGUGGCUUAUUCGUUCGUUCCGAAUUAAUUCAUUCAAUGUCGAUUCUCUCAUGGAAUGCAUCCUCCCUUAUCACGAGACAAAUCUAUUCGCUCGAGUUCUCCAGCUGCUCCCAAUCAAGGACCCCACCUCCCCCUGGCAUUGGUUGCGUCCAUCACAGAAGGCUGGCUCUCCCCUAUCAAAGCUCACUAUAAAACAGCACUGCAUCUCAGUCCCCUCGUUUCUAGUGUUCCUCUGUGAAAUGGUAAAUAAAUCACUCAAGACGCUUCGUACCUCAAGUUCUACCACAAACCACCCCCUGCUGGGCCUGUAUACAUCCACAGUGUUAGCAGUGAUGGAGGACACGGGUACCAUCACUGAAGAGUUGUUGUCCCGUCUGCUCCCCUAUCUGGUGAAGGGUCUGAAAUCAUUGAAUGCAGACUACAGAGCUGGAACUUACAUGGUGGUCAGUCAGUUGGCUGCUCGAUCCACCCUGGACACGUCACUGUGUCAUUCAUUGCUGGAGGUUAUUGCUAAGCACUUGGGUCCAGAGCUACUCACUGAAGGUGUUAGCUCUAUUGCAGUGAUCUGCCACACACAGCAAAUCAAGACUCUCACUAAAAGGGCUGUGAGGCAUCUUGGCCAGUGCCAUUCCUUGGUUCCUGUGCUGGCUGAGCUCUCUCAGUCUUACUACAUAGCACCAUUCCUCUCAUCUCUCCUGACAUCACUACUGGCCUCCCACUGCGAGGGUCUCCAUGGCGAUGGUGACCACGACGAUGGAUACUUGACGAUGAUUAUCGGCAUUUUGGACUCGAUGCGAUUGGAGGAAGAAACAGUCAGCGACUUCCUCAAGGCUCUCUUUGAGUGGUUUCUGGAGGUCAAAGGUCAGGACGUCUUAACGGAGGAGACUGUGCGCUUGUCAGUAGCUCCUUUAGUGCAGUCAAUGGAUGCCAAGUACCCUGUGAUCAUGGACAGGGCUAUUGAGGGUGCUCUAGCAGCCACUGGUGACUCCGCCCACUCAGGGGGUGUGGUCAACCUCACUGGCCUUCUCACUACAUCACUACCACACUCAAGACAUCAGGUGAUGACUGACCUUGGGAGUACCCUAGCAUUGAGUGUUCACCACAGCAACCCAGCUCUGAGGGCAGCAGCUGUCAGGGAGAUGGGUCAGAGCCUCAAGAACUCAGCAAAGACCUCCCCUGCUGUGGAUAGUGACUUCCUCUCUUCUUCUCUCCUAGCUCGGCUCAGAGAUGAUGAUCCGUCAGUUGUGGCAGCUGUACUCGCUAUAGACACACAGGACCUAUUUGCAAUCCUCCCCGCUAGUCAACUGGUGCCCUCCCUCCUCUACCAUCUUCGUAGGAGGCGACUGCACAAGUUACCCCCCACAGUGCAGGAGAACGCACUGUCAGCACUCAGUAAGCUGCUCUCUCCGAGUAUGAUGGACUGCCACGCCCCCCAGCUCGUGGGUGAUGUCAUUGCCACGGUGAUUCCGCUCCUUUUCACCGGUCGUCAUAGCAAUCUUCUCGCUGGAAAGGUCGGAGAGGUGAUAGUUCAGAGUGCAAUGAGUGGCGUACAUCAUGUGCUGAAAGGUCUAACGGACAUCUUCAGUGAAGAAGUGUGGAGAGUAGCGGUGGUGGACACUGAUAGGGACCCGGCUGUCCUAGCAGCUGCCUGUGAGGCUGUCUUUGAUCGGAUUGGUCGGCAAAUAGUCACCAUGGGAACUGACGAAGCUCACAACCUGUUGACUACGCUACUCUCCACGCUGGCAACGGCUAGUCCUGAUCAGCCUGCCUACUUUGCACUGCUGAGUGUCCUCGGGUCGGCCGUGAGUCACAUGACCUGUGAUGACAUCAUUACACAGCUACACCUCAUCUGGUACCUACUGGAUAUGACCAGGGACCAACUCUCUUGUGUACCCGAGGGUGUGAGUGUGAAGGUGUGUGGAUUGUCAGAGUCCCUUCAGCCGCUCAUGUGGAAGCAUCCCAGCAAGAACCGUAGCCAUGGCAACAUGCUACUGUGGGUCCUGAACAUCGUUACAGAGCACCUCCUGACACCAGACAAUCUAAGCACAGCAAUGUGGCUGGAGGUCCCUCGCAAGUGUUGCAAGGUAGAGGACCUCUACUAUCAAGUGUUGCUAUCACUGUUCUCACUCAUCACUUCCUGUGUGGAGGGUGUGGUCUCAGAGGCCGCCCGACCUCUCCUGACCAAACUCAACCAGAGGCAAUUUGGGCAAUCUGGCUCAUUGAUGCGAUUCCUAGCCAUGAUCUGGACCACACCCACAUUUGGAACGGAACCUGAUCAUCUGUCAACACUCCAUUCCGAUCGAUUCAGAUUUCGAAAGCUGCCACAUUCCAAUGUCCAGUUCCAUGUGACCCCGAUCCUUCAAGCGAGGGCUCUGGCAGUGGCAGCUGCUUACGUGAGGUCACUGGGCGGAGGAGCUGCUCAUCUUCUAGGAUCACUCUGUCCUAUUGUACCCUCGCUGCUGUUCCCGCUGAUGAGUCCCAUCAAAGCUCUCCGAAGUUCUGCCGUCUCUUGUCUCUCUCUAUUGAACUCUACCCAAACCACCAUCCCCGGCGAGCCCCUUCCUUUCCUUUGUAACCUCUUCUGCGGGUCUGAGUUAAAGCUAACCAGUGAUCCCACCUCCCUUGUGGAUUUGUUCGGUCAGUUGCCCAUCGAAGAAAAGUCGGCAAAAAGCAAAAGAAGGCAACUAAGAAAAAGUGUGAAGAAUGACAAGCGAGCGUUGGGGCUAGCGUGUGUGGAGGGUGUGCUAGGUCAUGUGGUAAUGUUCGGUAUGCCUCGGCACAUCCAGGUGGUGCUACUGAAUGUACUGGCUGGCCUGGAUCAUCAGGUGAAACUGGCGGCUUGUACGUCACUGUUGACGGAAAUGUUCAAUAAAAAAGAUUCCACGGUGUACGACACUGAUCUCCUCCAGCUGUGUGUGUCCUCCUACUCUCCUAAGAUGGCCGCCACUCUCUCCUCCGACAGUGAGCCCUUUGCCAUACUCCUCUCUCUGGUGAUGACCGAGGGAGAAGCAGGCACUCAGAACAUGGCCAUACAGCAGAUUACCCCAGAGUUCUUCUCCUCCCUCCCUGAGGCAGGGCUCAAGCAAUCCCUCCUCUCCACACUCGUUGCCACUCUAGUCAGCUGUAACAAAUCAUCCACUGCAUCCCUCGCCAAGCAACAGCUGAGAAAGUUGCCAUUGACUGGUGAGAUGAUGCAGACUGAGCUGAUGCUUCAAAGCGAACAACUGGGCGGGGCUAAACCACCACCCACUCCUAGCAAGAAAGCUAGACGUUCCAAAGCUCCAGUUACUAAGACAACUUUUUCCGAUGAGUCUGUCGGUGUACCAUUGCCGUGGAAACGAGUGACAGUGAUCCUGGAGCUUCUACAGCAGAUAGCUGUGACCACUCCUCACCUCCUCGUGCCAGACCUUUUCAAUCUACUAAACAGAUGUCUGGAUAGGGAUGGUGAUGGACGACAGGUGCUCGAGUACACCCAGCAGCUGCUACUCUCUGCUCUACUGGACGUGUGUACCAGGCUCAGCAAGGAGGGGGGCCCUGAGGGCGCUAGAGAGCUGCUCCAGGAGUCUCAGUUCAACGUGGAGCUGGUGGUCCAGUGUGUGCGACUGUCACCCAACCCACAGACCCAUCACCACGCCCUCCUACUGCUCAGCACAGCAGCUGCUAUCUUCCCGGGUCCAGUGCUACACAACAUCAUGCCCAUAUUCACGUUCAUGGGAGCCAGCGUGCUUCACCAUGACGACCAGUACAGCUUCAGGGUCAUCACUAAUACCAUUGAUAGUGUCAUACCCGCCCUCAUUCAGUCUGGACCAUCCCUACUGGCAAGUGUUUCUGCCUCCAGUCGUCGCAAGUCAGCCCCGCCCCCCUCUGUGGGGGGUGUGGUCAAGGAGAUCAUCCAAGUGUUUGUCGACUCCCUCCCUCAUGUUCCGGCUCAUCGACGCCUCCCACUUCUCACACACCUCCUCACCAGUGUGGGUGUGGGCGGUGUGGAGGGACAGCUGCACACUGCUCUCGGACUGUUGCUUGAGAAACAGGUGGUAGGAGAGGAGGCUUCGGCAGAGGUCGAUGAAUCGUUCCCCACUCUGCUGACUCAGCACUUCUCCCCAACUGUACAGCUGUCAGCACUGUUCAAACUCACCCUGUACCUGAAGCAACUGCCCCAAGAAAAACCAGACACUGCCUCCAAGCUGCGUCACUUGUCAGCUGCCUCUGCUGCACUGUUCAAUAUAGCGGCCCACACUGAGAAGCAACUGAGACAGUUCAGAUCCACUGCACUGAGUUUCAUGAUAGCACUGCUCUCUGGCAAAGGAUUCAUGGAGAAGAUGACUUUGUGUGACCCCAGUGCCACAGCAGAGGUGGUGUUGAAGCUCCUCCAGACAGUGUUGGGUUACUCUCUAGCCCUCAACAAGACCAGGUCCACUCUCCCCCACAAGGAGGGAAAGUACUGGCAGGGACUCAUCAACAAAACCUACACCAUCACUGACAAGGUGAUUUCUCUGUUGUCUCCGCAAGCCUUCCUGGACAUUAUAGCCCAGUUGGUUACUGAGGAGACAGUUGCUACUGGCGACAUACAAAGGAAGGCAUUGGAGAUACUCAACAAGCGAUUGGAAGAAAACAAAAUGAGAUUCACAGCCGAGCAUGAUCCCACAAUGCUUGAGCUAGUGGACGUGUUGGUGGGUGUGGCAUGUAGUGACCACACCCCUUCAGUGACGAGGCAGACAGCUCUGUACAGUGUCAAACUUCUCACUAGAAGAUUAGCCAGCAAACACCACGAGCACUUUGUCAAGACUGCACGACCAUUGCUUUCCCUCUUGAGUCAGCCCACUCCUCGUGAGGUGAAGUCCAAUGCCCUGUUAGCAGUGGGAGAGACCACCUCCUCUCUCGGCCCCCAUUCAAUCCCUCUACUACCCUCAGCACUACCACUGAUACUGGUCUCCCUCGGGAAGACACAAGAUGACAAUGCUGGUCUCCUCCAGUUGAGUGCUGCUACUGCACUGGGUAUGAUUGUGAGUGCACUACCAAAGUUCCUCAGCUCUUACAUCAACGACAUUGUUACCAAGUUAUGCCAUCCCUCUCUGACCUGUGGAGAUAACGCUGACCUCAACAAAGAGUCCGCUGCAGUGAGGCAAAGUGUUGCUAAGAGUGUGCCCAGUCGAGUGUUACUGCCUGCCUACCUCAAGUGCUACCCAGCUGUGCUGCAACAUGGGAAACCAGAGAGUGUGGUUGCACUACUGGGCAUGCUCAGUACAACAAUCGAGCAUAUGAACAAGGACGAGGUCAAAGGUCACAGCACUGUCCUCCUAAAUGUUUUUACCGCUACCCUCGACUACAGAGCAACUCAAGAUGACCAGUUACCGGUGGUUGCCAUAGAGACAGUGGAGACGGAGUGUGUGCGUGGUUUCUCUUUGUUGGUGGUCAAACUAUCUGAGGCUUUGUUCAGACCGAUGUUCAUCCAGCUCUUGGACUGGGCCACCCAGACCAGCGCUCCCAGAGAGAGGCUCAUCACCUUCUACCAUCUGGCAGAUAAUAUUGCUGGAAAGCUGAAGAAUCUGUUUCUGCUAUUUGCUGGCCACAUAAUCAAGAACAUCACCACCCUCCUGACCGCUCUCCAUGACGACAGAGAAGACUCCCUGUUCAAUGCGCCUGAUGAGGAUAUGGAGGAUUUGGAACUUGACCGCGCCUCCCCCGUCACCAAGAGUUGUCAGCUGCUGGACCACAUUCUGCACACCCUCACCAAGUGCUUCACCUACGAUAGAGGGAGUGGCUUCCUCACCAAGGAGCGGUUCGAUACUCUCAUGCAACCUCUUGUGGACCAGGUGUCCAACACGAUGGGUGGCUCAGAGUGCUACUCCAAGAGAGUGGAGACUAACUUGGUGCCUUGCUUAUCACACUUUGCAGUGGCAGCUGGAAAAGACUCGCUAUGGAAACCACUCAACUAUCAAUUGCUACUCAAAACAAAGCACUCAAAAUCAGAGAUUCGUUUGUCUGCUCUGAAGGUGCUCCAGGAGACGUACCUGAGUUUGGGGGAGGAGUUUAUGGUCCUACUGCCCGAGACUGUCCCCUUCCUGGCAGAAUGCAUGGAAGACGAGUGUGAGGGGGUGGAGCAGCUGACUCAGAGGGUGGUGGCCACCAUUGAGCAGAUACUAGGAGAACCAAUACAACAGUACUUCUAGAGUAGCUAGGAAAAUGACACAUGUACAUGUGUGCUGUAUAAUUAUUUUGUAAAUUGGGAAUUAAUUACUGUGUGGAGUCACACUCUGAUAUAAUUUAUUUGAAGAAUGACA